CAUUAGGCGAUAGCUAUUGAAUCAUUCAAUCUAGCACUCGUCCGUUCCUCUUUUUUUUUCUUUGCUAAUUUUCUUUCUCUCUCAGGUCAUUUCCAUGGUUUUCAGAUCUCCUUUAGAGCUCUAUCCCUCCCAUUUCUUCCUGCCCAACUUCGCUGAUCGGCCCUUGCUCGUUGCGAGCAGCGCGCCCAGCGCCCGGUCUCCCGAAGACUUGUCCAUGUUUCAGCUACCGACCCUCAACUUCUCCGCGGAGCAGGUGGCGAGCGUCUGCGAGACGCUUGAGGAGACCGGCGACAUCGAGCGACUGGGUCGCUUUCUGUGGUCGCUGCCGGUGGCGCCGGGCGCAUGCGAGGCCAUUAACAAACACGAGUCUAUUCUGCGCGCCCGUGCUGUUGUCGCCUUCCACACGGGCAACUUCCGCGACCUCUAUCACAUCCUGGAAAACCACAAGUUCACCAAGGACUCGCACGGCAAGCUGCAGGCCAUGUGGCUCGAGGCUCACUACCAGGAGGCCGAGAAGCUGCGGGGGCGCCCGCUCGGACCCGUCGAUAAGUACAGAGUGCGCAAGAAGUUUCCGCUGCCCAGAACCAUAUGGGACGGAGAACAGAAGACGCACUGUUUCAAGGAACGGACGCGCAGUCUGUUGCGGGAGUGGUACCUGCAGGACCCGUAUCCCAACCCGAGCAAGAAACGGGAACUGGCGCAGGCCACUGGACUCACUCCUACACAAGUCGGAAACUGGUUUAAAAACCGGAGGCAAAGGGACAGAGCAGCAGCAGCAAAAAACAGGCUCCAGCACCAAGCCAUAGGACAGAACGGCAUGCGCUCGCUAUCCGAAUGCACUCCGCAUAGCUCGGCAGAGUCGCCGUGUACCGCCGCCAGUCCCACCACCAGCGUAUCGAGCGUCACGGAGCGCGCAGACAUGGCAACAUCCAUCCUGUCCGUAACGUCCAGUGACUCUGAAUGCGACGUAUGAUACACAAAUAAAAGAGAGAGAAAUAUUUGCAGGGAAUAUGGACCUGACUAAACAUUAUGAAAUAUCGGGGGGAAAAGGACCAGAAUUAUUCAGAGAAAGAGAGAAAAAAGAAAAGAAAAUAUAAAAGCACGUCUUUUUUUUUUCAAGCGCUUUCAACGGGACCCACGCCUUUCCCCUACCCCCAUCACUUGCAUGUAAUAGAUAGCUUUUUUUUAUACGCAGGAAAUAACCUUUCGCUCGAUGUUUUCUGCCAGGAUGACCGAGAAGAGGACAUUUCCAGAAACCGUCUUUUUUUUAUUGUUUUUAAUUCGAGUGGUAAUGCACAGCGCAGCCAGGAUGCAAUCCUUCUUCUUUUAUUUUCAUCAGACAAUCAUUUGAGUCGUAAGCACCUUUUUUUCACUGCUUUCACUGCCUGUGUGGGGUACUGGUCAAAUGUGGAACUGUAUCAGAUUUUUUAUUUUUAUUUCCAGAUUUUAUAUUGAAUUAUGCCUAUAUCCUAAAUAAUGCGAUCAUUCUCCCGGUUUGUAAUAUAUGUGUAGAAAUAUGGCUGUAUAUAAUAUUGCUCUACGUCUCCGUUGUCUUUUCUAUUCCUGGUUACUUUUCUUGAAUCGGUGUUCAUAACUAUUUGUCAGAACGUAAAUAUUAAGCGCUCUAAAUGCU